CUCUCUCUCUCUCUCUCUCUCUCUCGCUCUCUCGCUCGCCCCCCCCCACUCCCCCCUACCGCUCACUGACAGUGAGUCAGUUCCAAGCAGCUGCAUAGAAGAUGUCUGCCCCAGAUGCUGCUCCCCCAGCUGGACCUCCCGGAGCCCCAGGGGCCCCAGGAGCAGACGGAGCCCCAGGUGGAGGGCCCCCACCCCCUCCUCCCAACACCUCCAGCAACCGCAGGCUACAACAGACACAGGCCCAAGUGGAGGAGGUGGUGGAUAUUAUGCGGGUGAAUGUGGACAAGGUUCUGGAGAGGGACCAGAAGCUGUCGGAGCUGGAUGACAGAGCGGAUGCUCUCCAGGCCGGGGCCUCCCAGUUCGAGAGCUGUGCAGCCAAACUCAAGAGCAAAUACUGGUGGAAAAACGCAAAGAUGAUGAUCAUUAUGGGUAUCAUUGGAGUUCUUGUGGUCGGAGUCCUUUUCUUGUACUUCUUCUAUUGAGUUAUCCCAGCGUGGCAGAAGGACACAGACAUGAGAGCGAAAUAGGAGAGGGAAGAAGAAAACAAAAUCGAUACAAAUCCAAACUCCAGUCCUACCCCCUUUCUCCCUCCACACCAGGUCUUCCAUCUAGCACUUAAACAUGACGGUAGUGUGUAGAUGUCAUUGCUCUCUUUUCUCUUUGUCGUCCUGCCCUUCCCUUCUUCUUGAUCCAUCUUUCUUCCUCUGUUUUGGCGUGCUGUCUCACUCACUCUCCUGCCUGCAUCUCAUACAUUAUUGAAGUGUGCAGUAGAGAGAGAGAGAGAGAGAGAGAGAGAGAGAGAGAGAGAGAGAGAGAGAGAGAGAGAGAGAGAGAGAGA